AUGACUAUUAACUCUAGAGCAGCACUGGUUGUGGUGGACAUGCAAGAGGAUUUCUGUCCACCCAAUGGGGCCCUGGCAGUCGAAGAAGGUCGUUCGAUCACACCAGUAAUAAAUUCACUCCUCGCCCACCCCGGUUUCACAAUUCGGAUAGCAACUCAAGAUUACCACCCACCAGACCACAUCUCCUUCGCCGCGAACCACCCAGCACCCAACAACAUUCCCUUUGAAUCACACAUUAGCAUGACCAACCCAGCCCCAGGGAAAGAGAACGAUGCGAAGCUCCAGCGACUCUGGCCCGUGCAUUGCGUCGCUGGCACCGAGGGAGCAUCACUAAUCCCCGAGCUCGAUUCGAAGCACUUCGACGUGCAUGUUAAGAAGGGAAUGAAUGCGAACGUGGAGAUGUACUCCGCGUUCUCGGAUGCAUUUGGGAAUAUGCAUGCUUCGUUACCUGCUUCGGGAGAUGGGGAUGGUCGGGCAGUCGAUGUUGAUCUGGAGGCUGUCCUGAAGGAGAAGGGGAUUCAGGAUGUUUUUAUUGUUGGGUUGGCGGGGGAUUACUGUGUGAAGUAUACGGCGAUUGAUGCUGCCAAGGCUGGGUUUAGAAGUUUUGUUGUCGAGGAGGGGACGAAGUGUGUGGUGCAUUCGUGGUGGGAGGAGACAAAGAAGGAGUUGAGGGAUGCCGGAGUGUCUGUUAUUGGGGUUGAUGGGCCUGAAAUAGCCAUGAUAGGGCGUAGUACAGAGUAA